AUGGCUGUUCACGGCGUGAUAGCUUUCCAACGCCACUUCCAAGCCCGCGAAACAGACCUCUUCAUAGCCAGUUUCCCAAAAUGUGGCACCACUUGGCUCAAAGCCCUUAUGUUCACUACCCACAUGCCAUAUGCCAUAUGCUUCACUGCCCAUUUCUAUCAGAGACUCCGGUGGUUGCCGGAUUGUCUACGGAGUUCAGGGUUAUGGACCCUUUUGGGACCAUGUUUUGGGUACUGGAAAGCGAGUUUGGAGAAUCCAAACAAGGUGUUAUUCUUGAAAUACGAGGACUUGAAAGAGGAUAAGAAUUUUGAGCUUCUGAAGAAGUUGGCGGAGUUCUUGGGCUUCGCUUUUUCGGGGACGAAGAGAGAGAUGGGGAAAGCAAAGGUGGGUGAUUGGGCUAAUUAUUUGACGCCUUCCAUGGCUGAACGUUUGAAGAAGCUCAUGGAGGAGAAGUUGGAUGGCUCUGGAUUGAAUUUCAAGGCUUCUCAGAGAAACAUCCUUUGA